GUAUCGCUUCUAUGCUGCACUUCGCCCCCAGCUCCUCUGCAAGGAGCGGAAGGAUCAGAGUGCAGAUGAGUUUUUGCAGCGAUUCUGUUACGAUACCUGGGACGAGGCUCUACAAGACAGCAGCGGCAUGAAUGCAGUCAUGUGUGCCGUGAUGUCUGGUGACACGAUGAUGUUAAAGCUGCUGGCUCAGUGUCGGGCCGAUAUGAAUCACACUCUCCAGGGCAUGGGGGAUCUGGGAUACUACGAUACACAGACGGUGCUCAUGGCCGCAACGAAGUCACAGCAACAUCCCUCGGUGUUGCAGACCCUCAUUGAGCUCGAGGCGGAUGUCAAUGCCCGUGCGCGGACGGGCCUCGUCGCUCUGUACAUGUGCCGCUCCCCGGAGCACGUGAAGGUGCUCUUGGAGCGGCGGGCGGAGAUGCCCCACUUCGUGCUCACCGGCGUGGCCUCCUUUGCCUGCCCGGAGACCGUGCGAGCGCUACUCUCCUUCCGGUGUGACCCGAACCAAACUGCAGGCUUCGGGCCGCUGCAUGCGGUGGCCCUCUUCUCGCGCCGGAACCGACGGGCGGUGGCCACGGCCAAGCUGCUUUUGGAGCACCGCGCCGACAUCAACGCGAGAAAGGAGAUCUCCGGAAUCCUCAUGAGGUGGGUGCCCCCUACAUCCCAGGUAGGCAUGUGGAUGUACAUGCAGAGCAACAUGGUCAUGAGACUGCGGGCCUCCAUGGCGGGCUUGUCCCCCCUGGGCUACGCAGCCAUGGUGGGUCACGAAGGGCUGACGAAGCUGUUCUUGGACCACGGUGCAGAUCCCAUGCCAAACGAUCGUGGCGACUCUCCUGCCGACCUGGCCCGUAACAACCACCACUACCAUCUCUUGCCCUUCUUAGAAGUCUCUUCCGUGCCUCUUUGA